CUUCUUUGACUCGGCCCCUUUCUCCGCGGCUUGUCGGUCUGAGCAGUUGACGUUCGAGGAGGCCGAGGAAACGGGUGGGUCUUUUUUGCCGUAGAAAAAUGCAAAGCCAAAAGAAUUCCCGUAGAGUAUUGUAUCGUCGUUAUCUUAGUGGUCUGGCAAACUAGGCUCCUGGAGAGAACAAGAACUGCACAUCACUAAAUCACUUCUUCUGUCAACUCAAGGAAGAUAGAAUUUUCUUGAAAUGGCCCGAAAUAAGGAGGGUUUGGUAUUGGUCAUCGAUGUGGGUCCUUCUAUGCAUUCUGUUCUUCCCGAAAUAGAGAAGGUUUGCGCAUUGUUAGUGCAAAAGAAGAUGGUCUAUAGCAAGUAUGAUGAAGUGGGAGUUAUUUUAUUUGGCACUACAGAGACUGCAAAUGAAUUGACAAAAGAAGUGGGAGGAUAUGAACAUGUGACUGUUUUGAGGAGUAUCAAAGUUGUUGAUGAUGAUCUUGUUGGAGCUGUAGAACAUCUUCCUCGAGGAAGCUUUAGAGGUGAUUUUCUUGAUGCCGUUAUUGUUGGGAUGGACAUGGUGAUCAAGAAAUAUGCAGAAACCAACAAAGGAAAGAAGCGUCUCUGCCUCAUCACAAAUGCAAUAUGCCCAAUUAAAGAUCCAUACGAAGGAACAAAGGAAGAUCAAGUCAGCACAAUUGCAUCUCAAAUGAAAGCGUAUGGCAUGAAAAUGGACUCUGUUGUUGUUAGAAUGAGAAAACAUCUGGAUGCAAAAAAGAUAAUGGAAGAAAAUGAUUUUCUUUUGUCUGUAUUUUCAAAGAAGUCUUCCUCAAAAACAGUUUAUGUUGAAAGUGCAACUUCACUGUUGGGCGCAGUAAGAACUCGUAAUAUUUCUCCUGUCACAACAUAUAGAGGCGAUUUUGAAAUCAGUUCCAAAUUGAAGAUCAAGGUAUGGGUGUAUAAGAAAACAGCGGAAGAGAGAUUUCCCACACUAAAAAUGUAUUCUGAUAAAGCGCAUCACACUGACAAGUUUGCUAAGCAUGAAGUUAAGAUUGAUUAUGAAUAUAAGCACACUCAAGACCAAAACAGAGUUGUUCCGCCAGAACAUAGGAUCAAAGGUUACCGAUAUGGACCUCAAGUAGUUCCCAUAUCCUCUGCUGAAUGGGAGGCUGUGAAGUUCAAACCAGAGAAAGGCGUGAAGCUUCUUGGAUUUACAGACUCUUCAAAUAUAAUGCGGCACUACUAUAUGAAAGAUGCAAAUGUGUUCAUAGCUGAACCGGGGAAUUCAAAAGCCAUUCUUGCAGUCUCUGCUUUGGCAAGGGCAAUGAAAGAUAUGAACAGAGUGGCGAUUGUGCGUUGUGUAUGGAGGCAAGGGCAGGGAAAUGUGGUUAUAGGAGUCCUUACUCCUCAUGUAUCUCUCAAGGACAAUGUUCCGGAUUCAUUCUACUUCAAUGUCCUCCCAUUCGCUGAGGAUGUAAGGGAGUUUCAGUUUCCGUCAUUCAGCAAUUUUCCUUCAGGAAUGCUUCCAAAUGAAGAACAGCAGGAGGCGACGGAUAAUCUUGUAAAAAUGCUCAACCUUGCACCAGCUGAUGGUCAGGAAGCUUUGCUGCCCGAGCUCACACCUAAUCCUGUAUUACAGAGGUAUUAUCACUAUCUUGAAUUGAAGUCAAAGCAUCCAGAUGCUGUUGUUCCUCCACUCCAUGAAUCACUGAGGAGGAUAACAGAUCCCGAUCCUGAUCUUCUUUCUCAAAACAAGACCACAAUUGAUGAAUUCAGAAAGUGUUUCGAACUGAAGGAGAACCCCAUGAUGAAGAAAUCAACAAGAAGAUUGUUAAGAAAUAACAUAAGCGGACCAGAUGAGGAAGAGGGAAGAGGUUUCAGCGAACCCACUGAUGACCAAGCAGUUAAUAAAAUUAAAACUGAAAAAAUAGGAGACGAAAAUCCUGUUAAAGAUUUUGAAGACAUGAUAUCUCGAAGAGACAGCCCAAAAUGGGUUAAUAAGGCAAUUCAGGAAAUGAAAAAUAAAAUUUUUAAUCUGGUGGAGGACUCUUUUGAAGGGGACACAUAUGAGAAAGCAUUGGAAUGUUUAGUUGCUCUACGUAACGGUUGCAUCCUAGAACAGGAGCCAAAGCAGUUCAACGAUGUGCUACGUGAUCUAUAUAAAUUCUGCAAAGGAAAAGAUAUCAGUAAUUUUUGUGACCAUGUUAUAUCUCGUGGAAUCACUUUGAUUACCAAGAUAGAAGCCCCCGACAGUGAUGUUUUGGAGAGUGAGGCCAGCAGCUUUAUGACUAAACCAAUGCUGAAAGGAGAGGCCAGCAGCUUUAUGAAUAAACCAAUGCCGAAAGGAGAGGCUGUGAUAGCGGAACAGAA